AUGCCUGAGCUUCUGGUCACUUUCCUGGGCCAGAAUACUGAGCGAGCUCGAACAAAAGACAUUAUCGAGGUGAUUCGAUUUCUAAAGAGCUACGGAUUCUGCUUACCUUACCGGGUAAACAUGGCAGCACAGAGGAUGUUCCAUCAUGAUGAAAGAGAUGUCAGGCGCUUUAUCUAUACGCCGUUUGAUGUGGCUUUGCGACCACACUGCCCUAAGGACUUCUUGGAAAUCGUGCUUGAGGAAUAUAAACGACGCGGAGUGUCUCUCAAAGUCACUUAUGACAGACUACCAAGCCAAGUAGAGAAAUGGACAGGGUUUCACUGGUAUGGCGGGGAUGAUGAUUGGUGGGGUAACAAAACGAAUAUAGGGAACGUGACAUGGAGUUUGUUCCUAGGAAUCAUGGAUUCUUUAAUGAUCUGGAAAGAAUCGUACUUGGGCGAGGUCACCCAUGGAUUCCAAGAGAAGAUCCAGCUACUGGUGGACUAUGAGGCGGUCGACUCGAAUGAACUGCUUGCCUUGCAGUGUAUCCUGGAAGCCCUGAAAGGUAUCACCUCAAAGGCUCAAAGACUUGGAGGAUUUGAUGAGGAGCGUGACGCGAAGGAGUGCUGGCACCGGCUGUGUGAAGCUGUAAGCCGCUCGGCGCUGCAUCUUGGCAGAGAUGAUACUGAAGCCUUCCCUACUGGCCCCUCUCUCCACAGCUUUAUCCUCGAAGAUCAGUGGAACCCAUGGAGCUUAUGGUUUAACUAUGAGUUACAGAAACCCAACUUCAGGGCCCAGAUGUCUUUUUCCUGGAUGCAGCAUGAUUGGUGGAAGUUGGAACAGGAUGAGAAGGGGAUUUGGUAUGAUUCUCAAUGGAACUCCCUACACCAGUACGAUCUUAGCAGCCGCACUCUGCCCAAAUGGCAGCGUGUGAACUUUGAUAAGUACGUGGCUAUGGUAGAAGAACGGUGGCUGAAGCUCAACCCGUAUUAUUCUAUAUCCACAAGCCAGGAUUCUAGCGGUAAGCUGUAA